AUGGCCCCCCAGCUUCUACAUGGCGAGAUUGACGAGAUCAGUAAAAGGUUUGAUCUUGAGCUAGACAUGGCCAAAGUUCGACAAGCCAACAGGAAGGUUGUCUGCCCCCAGCUAGAGAUGUUGAAAGAUAGAAACAUCAUGGUCCCAACUCAAAUGAUCAGCUCGAUUAGAGGGAUGAGUCCUCGAACGACGUGUCUGAAAAGAGGAAGCAUGUUCCUAAGGGAUCUAAGGAUGAAACAUGAUAUCGUCAUGGACACAGAUGCUAUUGAGGAGCUGGUAGCCGAUGAGGCUAGAGCUAAGGAGCAUGUUGCAGAGGAGAAUACAGCUGAAGAAGAGAUAGCUGAUGAAGUUGAAGCCCAAGAGAAUGUGGCUAAUGAGACUGGAGCUAAGGAGGAUGUCAACAAUAGGGAGUCUCCUACUGACGUCUCAAAGUGUGCUGAUCACUUUUUGUUGGCUGCUAGCAUUUUGAAUGUGGAUCUAUUGACUGCUUGA